AUGGCGGAGCCGCCCGCCGCCCCCCCCGGGUCGGAGGGCGAGGAGGGCCCGGUCCGCUUCGCCCGAAAGGGGGCCCUGAGGCAGAAGAACGUGCACGAGGUGAAGAACCACAAGUUCACGGCCCGGUUCUUCAAGCAGCCCACCUUCUGCAGCCACUGCACCGACUUCAUCUGGGGGUUUGGGAAGCAAGGAUUCCAGUGUCAAGUUUGCUGCUUCGUUGUACACAAGCGGUGCCAUGAAUUUGUUACUUUCUCCUGCCCGGGUGCUGAUAAAGGUCCUGCUUCUGAUGAUCCAAGGAGCAAGCACAAAUUUAAAAUCCACACGUACUCCAGUCCCACCUUCUGUGACCACUGUGGCUCAUUACUCUAUGGACUCAUUCACCAAGGGAUGAAAUGUGACACCUGUAUGAUGAAUGUCCACAAACGCUGUGUGAUGAACGUCCCGAGUCUAUGUGGAACGGACCACACUGAGCGCAGGGGACGGAUAUACAUCAAGGCGGAUAUAGAAAAAGAAGUUCUCACCGUUGUAGUAAGAGACGCCAGAAAUCUAGUUCCUAUGGACCCUAAUGGCUUGUCAGACCCUUAUGUGAAACUUAAACUAAUCCCCGACCCGAAAAGUGAAAGCAAACAGAAGACCAAAACGAUAAAGUGCUCUCUGAAUCCUGAGUGGAAUGAGACUUUUAAAUUUCAGCUGAAAGAGUCGGACAAAGACAGAAGGUUGUCAGUGGAGAUUUGGGACUGGGAUCUGACCAGCAGAAAUGAUUUCAUGGGGUCUUUGUCGUUUGGGAUUUCUGAGCUGCAGAAAGCAGGCGUUGAUGGAUGGUUUAAACUGCUGAGCCAGGAGGAGGGGGAAUACUUCAACGUUCCGGUUCCCCCCGAGGGAGAAGAAGGAAACGAGGAACUCAGGCAGAAAUUUGAGAGAGCCAGGAUUGGUCCAGGCGCCAAGGCAGCCGAGGAGAGGAUGACGCAUGCGAUUUCCAAAUUUGACAACAAUGGAAACAGAGAUCGGAUGAAACUGUCAGAUUUUAAUUUCCUCAUGGUGCUGGGGAAAGGAAGCUUUGGAAAGGUCAUGCUCUCGGAAAGAAAAGGCACCGACGAGCUCUAUGCCGUUAAGAUCCUGAAGAAGGACGUCGUUAUUCAGGACGACGACGUGGAGUGCACGAUGGUUGAGAAGCGAGUGCUGGCUCUGGCUGGGAAGCCUCCAUUCCUAACACAGCUUCACUCCUGCUUUCAAACAAUGGAUCGCUUAUAUUUUGUGAUGGAAUACGUGAAUGGCGGGGACUUAAUGUAUCAGAUCCAACAGGUUGGCAGGUUUAAAGAGCCCCACGCUGUAUUCUAUGCAGCAGAAAUUGCUAUUGGCCUAUUCUUCCUACAAAGCAAAGGCAUCGUUUAUCGAGACCUAAAGCUUGACAACGUGAUGCUAGAUAACGAAGGGCACAUAAAGAUCGCGGACUUCGGCAUGUGUAAGGAGAACAUCUGGGAUGGAGCAACUACCAAGACCUUUUGCGGCACUCCCGACUACAUUGCGCCCGAGAUAAUUGCUUAUCAGCCCUAUGGGAAGUCGGUGGAUUGGUGGGCAUUUGGAGUUCUGCUCUAUGAAAUGUUAGCUGGCCAGGCGCCCUUUGAAGGGGAAGAUGAAGAUGAACUCUUCCAGUCCAUUAUGGAGCACAACGUAGCCUAUCCCAAAUCCAUGUCCAAGGAGGCCGUGGCAAUCUGCAAAGGGCUAAUGACCAAGCACCCUGGCAAACGCCUGGGAUGUGGCCCCGAAGGGGAGCGGGACAUCAAGGAGCAUGCCUUCUUCCGAUAUAUCGACUGGGAGAAACUCGAGCGCAAAGAGGUUCAACCUCCAUUCAAGCCAAAGGCUUGUGGACGGAAUGCGGAAAACUUCGACCGAUUUUUCACUCGCCAUCCACCCGUCUUAACUCCACCUGACCAGGAAGUCAUCAGGAACAUUGACCAAUCAGAAUUCGAAGGAUUUUCCUUUGUUAACUCUGAAUUUUUAAAACCUGAAGUCAAGAGCUAAGUAGCUGUGUAGAUCUCAUUCCUGCAUCUUUAUCACCCAGUCCCAACAGCUGUUGUGGUGACAUUCUUCAUUGCAAAAGUUGCAUUCAUGGUUUUUCUUUUGUAACGAUACUAGAGUGACCAUGUUUCAAAGCCAGAAGUGUCUUCACAUAAUUUGGGACCUCUCUGAAUGACAACUGUUGUGUGAAAAGUACUGCAAUUUAAUUAUGUUUUAAUCAAAUUUUACUCCUAGCUAAUAUCAGUACAUUGACCGACAGAUCAUUAAAUGGGGUGUCUAACAGCUCUCCAAUUACAGGCCAUGACAAUUGGGAGAAAUCUAAAUAUUUGCCUUGCUUUCCCGUUCUUUCACUUAUCUAGCCCUUUAAUGUAAUCACAUGAAAAUAGCUGCUGUCAUUUCAGUCUGUUAGUGGCAAAGCAAGUGGUGUUCAUUAAAACUUUACCUGGGAAUUAAGUGUGGAACACUGAACUUUGCAGGCUUCUAAUUAAUUCUGAGUCUCCCCCCCCCCCCCCCAAAAGCAAAUAGUUUGUCAAGAGAUUGGACAUGGGACUUCUUGUCUGACAUGCAACCUUGAGUCCUUGUUUAUUUAAAAACACUGCAAAAUCUCUUGCCCUUUUUUAAAAAUUUUUCAUCAGACACAGCACUCCCUGAUAGCAGUAAUAAAUAACUGGGGAAACCAAAUCUAUUGCUCACACAGAUUUCUCCUGAUUGUGCAGUUUCUUAGUAGCUUUUUUUAUUAAAAGAAAGUGCAUCAUCCAGCUAUAAAAGGAAAGUUUGAAAGAACCCUUGUAAAUGCUUUCAAAUCUAUGGUCACCCUAGUAAACACCAUACAUGACAUGGUUUUUACAUUAUUUCAUAUCAAACCUUUUUUUCUUUGGGUUUUUUUCAAAUGCCAAAAUGAUUAAUUCAGUUUGUUACAUGCGCUUUAAAUGUGUCAAAAAUGGUAUUAAUGAAAAUGAGCUGAUAUUUAAAGUCUAGCAGUAUUGUGAAAUCUGAUGAAGCCUGUAAAGAAUUUUGUUUUCACUAAUAUUCCUACCUUAAAGAAUGUUGCUGGAUAUUUAAAUAGUCUAAGUUUGUGUUCCUAGAAUCCAAAAAAAGGAAGGGGGUGGAAAAAGCUUCAGGAAAGAUGUUUCUCAUGAAACAAUGACAAUCGUCUCACUUCCUUUUGUACCAUUCUGCCAGAUGUUUGUGGGCUGUCACUUUGAAUCAAGCUGCUUUGAGCUGUAAUGUGCCAAUCUUUUUCCAAUACUGAUUAUAAAA